CUCUCUCUCUCUCUCUCUCUCUCUCUCUCUCUCCCCAAUCUCUCUCUAGCAGAAGAAGAAGAUUAAGAUAUACAGCAGCCAUGGCAACGGCCUUGAGCUUUCGUUUACCUAUUCCAGUUCCUACUUUUCUCCUCCCGAUGAUCAUGCUCCUUAUGAUCCUUCUGAUGAUCUACUUGUCCACCAGCUUAAACAAAAGUAGCCUGCAUGAUGAUGAUGAUCACUUGCAUGAUAUUCUUCUUCCAGCUUUCAUGCCAAGUUUUCACCAUACACAAACCAAUAAUUACCAAUUAACAGCCAAACAAGUUUCACCAGCAUCUGCUCCAACCGUGUCUGCACAUCAAUCUGAUUCAGUACUGCUCAUGCGUGGUCCUCCGCCCUCCUCAACUCCCUUUACUCAUGAACCCAGGAACCAUACUUCUAAUUCCAGCCAUAUCAAAAAGAAGAGUAGUACGGAACGGAUUGAAGAAGACUUGGCUAGAGCACGAGCGGCUAUUCGCAAAGCGAUUCUUACCAGGAAUUUUACGUCCCACGACAAGGGAUCAGUGAUCGGUUUCAUCCCGAGAGGAUGCAUUUACAGAAAUGCCUAUGCCUUUCAUCAGAGUCAUAUAGAGAUGGUGAAGAGAUUCAAAGUGUGGACCUAUAAGGAAGGAGACCAACCAUUGGUCCACGAUGGGCCCACGAAGAACAUUUACUCCAUCGAGGGCCACUUCAUCGAUGAAAUGGACGGCGGUAAGAGCGCCUUCAUGGCCCAUCAUCCCGAUGAGGCCCAUGUGUUUUUCCUACCCAUAAGUGUUACCUACAUCGUUGAGUACAUCUACCUGCCCAUCACCACCUACGAUCGUGCUCGAUUGGUCCGUAUUGUCACCGAUUACAUCUACACCAUCCGUAAAAAAUACCCAUACUGGAAUAGAAGCAGUGGAGCUGACCACUUUUUAGUCUCUUGUCAUGAUUGGGCACCACAAGUGUCGAAAGGGAAGCCUGAACUCUACAAGAAUUUCAUAAGAGUGCUAUGUAAUGCCAACAUCUCAGAAGGAUUUAAGCCUAAGAGAGACGUCUCGUUACCAGAGUUUAACUUAGAACCUUUCAAGCUCAACCCUCCUCGCGACAUCGGCCUACCCACUGCCAAGCGCACAAUCCUCGGCUUCUUUGCUGGAAGGGCUCAUGGAGACAUCAGGAACAUCUUGUUCACACAUUGGAAGGACAAAGACGAUGAUAUCCAAGUGUUUGAACACCUUCCUGAGAACCAAAAUUACAGCAAACUCAUGGGACAAAGCAAGUUUUGCUUGUGUCCAAGUGGUUAUGAAGUAGCAAGUCCAAGAUUGGUGGAGGCAAUUCAUGCUGGGUGUGUCCCUGUUAUAAUUUCUGAUUACUAUGUUCUACCCUUCAGUGAUGUGCUUGAUUGGAGCAAGUUUUCACUGCAAAUUCCAACAAACAGAAUUCCAGAGAUCAAGACAAUUCUGAAAGGUGUUCCAAACUAUCAGUACUUGAAAAUGCAGAGGAGGGUGACAAAAGUGAGAAGACAUUUUGAGAUGAACCGACCAGCAAAGCCUUUUGAUGUUUUUCAUAUGUUGCUUCACUCUGUUUGGCUUAGAAGACUUGACAUUAGGCUACCGUAGUGUAGUUUCCUUUACCCAUGGUAUACGUACAGUUUCUAAGAAGAAUUCAAUACGUUUCAUGAA